GACGGAGCAGGAGGAGCUGAGGCGGUGCCGCUCGCCCUUCCUCCUCCUCCUCCUCCUCCUCCUCCUCCGCGCCCCGCCGGACGGUGACAGAGCGGCGGAGCCCGCCGCCAGCGCCGCUGCCGGGGCCAGUCAGCCGCUGCCAGGUCCCGGGGGAGCAGCCGGCGCUGCCGCUGGCCAUGGUGGCCCGCCUGCCGCCGGGGGGGCAGGAGCAGGCGCGGCGGCGGCGGCCGCCAUUGCGCGCGGGGGCCGCGGGACUAUGAAGGAUGGAAGCGGACGAGGUGACGAUCCGCGAGCAGAACUUCCACAGCCAAGUGCGGGAGUACACGAUCUGUUUUCUUCUAUUUGCUGUUCUCUACAUAGUUUCCUACUUUAUAAUCACAAGAUACAAAAGGAAAGCAGAUGAGCAAGAGGAUGAAGAUGCUAUUGUUAACAGAAUAUCGCUGUUCUUGAGCACCUUCACUCUAGCAGUUUCAGCUGGUGCAGUCCUGCUUCUACCUUUCUCAAUAAUCAGCAAUGAGAUCCUGCUUUCUUUUCCACAAAACUACUAUAUUCAGUGGUUAAAUGGCUCACUAAUUCAUGGUUUAUGGAAUCUUGCUUCUCUUUUUUCUAAUUUAUGUUUGUUUGUGUUGAUGCCUUUUGCCUUUUUCUUCCUGGAAUCGGAAGGAUUUGCUGGCUUAAAAAAGGGCAUCAGAGCACGCAUUUUGGAAACCCUUGUAAUGCUUAUUCUUCUUGCACUGCUUAUCCUUGGAAUCGUAUGGGUGGCUUCAGCACUCAUAGACAAUGAUGCUGCCAGUAUGGAGUCUUUGUAUGACCUCUGGGAAUUCUACCUCCCAUAUUUAUAUUCCUGUAUAUCACUGAUGGGAUGCUUACUACUUCUGUUAUGCACGCCCGUGGGACUUUCACGGAUGUUUACAGUAAUGGGUCAGUUGCUGGUGAAGCCAACAAUCCUCGAAGACCUAGAUGAGCAGAUGUAUAUCAUCACUUUAGAGGAGGAAGCGAUUCAGAGGCGGCUUAAUGGUACAUCUUCCACGGUGGAAUGCCAGAUGGUAGAGUUGGAACGGGAGCUUGAAAAAGUGAAAAGCAAGAAAACGAAUCUAGAACGGAAGAAAAAAGCUUCUGCUUGGGAAAGGAAUUUAGUGUAUCCAGCUGUUAUGAUAUUGCUACUGAUUGAGACGUCCAUCUCAGUCCUCUUAGUUGCUCUCAACAUUCUUUACCUAUUGGUUGAUGAGACUGCAAUGCCAAAGGGAUCAGGGGGGCCUGGAAUAGGAAAUGCCUCUCUAUCCACCUUUGGUUUUGUGGGAGCAGCACUUGAAAUCAUUCUGAUUUUCUAUCUUAUGGUAUCCUCUGUCGUCGGCUUCUACAGUCUUCGGUUUUUUGAAAAUUUCACUCCCAGGAAGGAUGACACAACUAUGACAAAGAUCAUUGGAAACUGUGUCUCUAUCUUGGUGCUGAGCUCUGCUUUGCCAGUGAUGUCAAGAACACUGGGAAUCACCAGAUUUGAUCUGCUUGGAGACUUUGGAAGGUUUAACUGGCUGGGAAACUUCUAUAUUGUAUUAUCUUAUAACUUGCUCUUUGCUAUCAUGACAACGUUGUGUCUGGUCAGAAAGUUCACUUCUGCUGUGCGAGAAGAGCUCCUGAAGGCAUUAGGAUUAGAUAAACUUCAUCUGUCAAACAAUCCAAGAGACUCAGAGACAAAGCCGUCUGCGAAUGGGCAUCAGAAAACACUGUGAUUAACAAUCACCUGCAAUCAACAGAGCUGAAAACAUCAACCUCAUGGCAUUCCUGUCAUCUCAUCAGCAUUUUUAUAUUGAUUUCAUUUGUUGAUAAUUUGGGUCCAACCUUGUCUCAUUUUUUUUGAUGCUGUGUGCUUCUGAGGAAGUUACGUGUAUCAGAUUCUUCUCUUUCCAGUGAACUUUCGGUCUGCUUGUUUAUUUCCCAGUAAGUUAAUGCAGGAGGUGCCUUGAAGACUGGAAGCUGAAGAGAAUAAUGCAUUCCUUUUUAUUUGUUGAAAGCCUCACAUUCUUAGAUAUAACCCUGCUGCCAUUUGAAUGCACAGUACCUCCUGUGUUGUACAGACACAGCUAUAAAAGAUAACUUUGGGACUUGGUUUAAAAAAAAAAAAAAAAAAGAUACACUUGAAGCCCAAUAUGACCCUUACUGGAAAUGUAAAAUACCUGGAGUAGGUAUCCUUGACAGUAGAUAAACACUUCCACUAAGAACAUGUUAAAAAAAAAAAUCGCAGUUCCUUCCAUGCUGGAGCAGUAGGCUCUUCAUAGUCUAACGUCACAGAGCUUUCUUAGAAGGCCAGCGGUCACAGCUUUCUGCUCUUAGCUGUACAUGCCAGGUUGCUUCUCUGGUAGUCAGUGUCUUACUGAAUAGUGAAGUACAAGAUGAAGAUUAACUUCAGUGUUAAAUCUGAGCCUAGUAUGCUUUGUAAAAAGCUGUGUAGACCCCUUGGCACAGCUCUUACAGUUCUGUAAGCUAUUGUGCCACGGAGGUCACUUACCCUACCGAGUACCCCUGUAAAAUUCUUGAUGAACUACUGUGUAUAAGCAGUACUUGUAAUCAAUGCAAGUAGCACAGGCCGAGGAGGCCGCAACUGCAGUUUUUUACAAUCUUUAAUUUGAAUUAAAUUAUUUCUCUGAAUUUAUACUAUAGUUACCAGGAUUUCUGUUCAGUGGCAUAAUCCAGUAUCUUUCACUAGCCCGUUUUUUAAUGUACACAUGAACAUGUAUAUAGGCCUGUAUGUGUAGAUAUCUUAAAUUAAAUUCUAAGCUUAUAGAGAUGACGUAGGUGUCUUGGUAAGUAAAACUUGUGUUCAGUCUUGGUAGUAUGAAUUUCUGUGUUACAGUUUAACUGCUCAGAGGCCUUAGAUUCAGGAUGGCAUUGGUGGGUGGCAAUUUCCUUUUUCGUAGCAUUACUUCAGCCUUAGGAGUCCUUUAAAAAGUUUAUAGUAAAGAAAAACCCCCGUCAACCAAAACCCAAGUGUGUGUUCAAAAUCUGGUUGCGCUUUCAUUCUGCUCUGCCACAAUUAAUCUUCAAACAGGUUGGAGAGGGGACACCUUCCGUGUGCCUGUUACGGAGCGAGUCAGAUAAUGUUCCUGUGUAUUUCCCAUUUCUGUAAAACAACAAGUGUGUCUGUAGUUUGAAGUCUCACAGGCAAUCAAGAGGUGACAACUAGCUUUCCAGUGUGGUUCCAAAAAAACCCCAAACAAACCACACCUUGUGUCAAACACCCUUUGGCUGUUCGGAGGUGGCUGGUCUGGGCUGUGGGUGUGUGAGCCCCCCAGCCCUGCUCCGGGUGCUUCAGCGAUCAAGCUCCAGUAGAUGUGAGGAUUUCUCAGUUUUUUUGCAGUUGCCUUUUUCUGACUUGAACUGGGGCAUAAUGUAAAUAUUGCUGUGGUAAAUAUGAUGCUAGAGAGUUACUUUUUUUUUUUUUUUGUGGUUGCUUUAAAUUCAAGGCUUAUUAAAAUGACUAUUGAUGUGUUGUAGAGUCUUGGAAGACAAAGUAAAAUUGCUUGAUUUCACUAAGAUUCACAAGCAUCUUUUCUGUUGUUUGAGUUCAAUGCUGACGUUUGAGUGAGAAAUCUUUAUGCAAGUCAAAGUCCUGUAAACAAGAACAGGGAGCUGUAACGAAAAGUUAUUUUAAAAUGUGUUUACAUUUAAAAUAUUGGAAGAUUUACUAUUAGGAGCGUCAUUCAGGUAUUCUCAGAGCUUGUAGCCUUAUGUAUUAGCGUUAUAGUUAAAAAUAACGGAAAUGUAUCCACUUGUCCAUGCAAGUGAUUGUGUGACCAAAAUUGUCCUGGUGUCUUUAAUGGGGCUGGUGACUUGUGUGUGAGUCUAGGUAGCUUUAUUCAAAUAUUUCUAUUACAACUUAAAGACAGUUAUUUAAAUACAGUCUGAAACUGAAUAAAUGAAUUUAAGGAAUAAAUGUAGGGAGUGUGAACCAGCAUAGGUCUUGGCUCUUCGUGUUUUUGGAGAGAUGUUUGUCCUGGCAUCAGUGACCCAAGAACACAGAAGAAGAUGGGAUUACAAUGUGUAUGUGGUUUCUGAAAGUGAGUCAGGCAAUUACUUCAAUUGAGCAGAGACAGUCCCUGCUGACAAGCAUACGAGUUUCAGGCAAGACUGUAAAACUCUCCUUCAAAAUGAAUGUUACAGCCUUGCCUGCUCCCACCCCUUCUGCGGGGUUCCACCAUCUGAGCAGCUGUGUGGGCUCAGGCUGCGUUAGGGAAGAGUUUACACCGAGCUGUGGAGGGUGGUUAAGGUGCUGUGUGGUUUCCAAGGUGGAUGAGAAAUUCAGAACUACCCUGCGCAACUACUGACAGUGUUUUGUUCUGUCCACAUUAAAACAUGCCUUUGGCUUUGAAAUGACAUGCUUGUGCAAAACUUCUUUACAGAUACAAUGCUACCCCAUAUACUUUGUGUAAGAUACAGGUCACUAUAUACUUUUAACAGAAGCAUAUGGUCACUUAAAUACAAGCAACUGGUAAUUCAUUAAUGGAUAUUGACGAUACAUUCCUAGUAUUUUGACUCAUGUAGAGUCAGGUGGUCUAUACCUUCAAGGUAUAUACAGCUGAUCUUAGUAACAUUAACAUCUGCCUCACUUCUCAGGAGGCAAAAAGCACAUAAAUGCUUCCAUCUUCAACUAGAUACCACACAAGACCAAAAAGUAGAUGUAAACUAAGUGUUUUAAGUUAGCUGUUUCUCAGCUUUAUUCUGUGUUGGUAGCACAAUAUUAAAUGCAGUGGCAGAACUGUAAUCUUGCGGGUUUUCUAAGUGUAAAGCACACAUGCUUAUCCCUUUAAGCUAAAAAGUAAUAGUAUUGGUUACUGUACAGUUUUUGCAUUCAUAGGAAGCUUUGUUUACUGUCUGUAAUGUAAUGUUUAUCUUUGGUCUUGCUCCUCCACUGCCUUUUACCCUGUUGACUGUUUUUGCGUCAUGGAAAUUAAAAAGAUUUGUCAGUUGUUUUCCUUGCCUGGCUCCAAAGUACCACCUUGAGUAGCAGGGAGGCGCAGCAGUGUGCUGCCAUCAGGCCUGUGCAGACAGGAGCUUGUGCAGCCGUGCUUAAUGGGAUGGGCACGCGAGUGGAUGCUGCAGGGUGACACUUUCUCCAGUGUGUCACCAGGAGCGGUCAGUGGGAAGGGGGCUGCAGCCCUCGUCUGUCCCACCCUGUGUGUCCUGCUCGCCCCUAUGUCGCUGCAAGCAGCUGAUGCCACGUCAGGUGCUCACAUGUUCCCACUGCUGCGCAGUAAAGACAAGAUGGCCCUCUUCUUAAAGAACUUACAAUCUACUUUAGACAGGAGUAACGCGGAAACAAAGAGCAGUUGGCCUCUUCAUGCGUGUGACUUUUCUUGAAUUUUGUAAGAACAUUCUAGGUUAUUUUCCUUUCUUUUCCUCCUCUUUCAGAAGCGGAUGAGCUCAGGAGGUGUAUGUACAGCAGCUGAGCCUUACACUUAGCUAGCAUCUACAGGUUUGAAGGAAGACAGCUAAAUCCUGUUGGUUUACAUAUACUCUGAUUUUUAAUCUAGGUAAAGUCAUUUAAGCAGACACUAAGGCCACAUUAACAAGCUCUUCAAAAAGAAAUGUGCUUGGUUUUGUUUAAAAAAGUGUUGAUGUGAACUGUGAACCUUUAAAUGCUUUAAGGAAAUAAGAUCCCCUACCCCCUAGUGUUAAUAUUUGUGUUGGUUUUUUAUUUUAGUGCUGACUUGAGACAAUAUUGUGUACACUAACUUCCCUCCCCAGCCUGUGUGUUUCAGGAGCUGAAACCUAGAGCUCCUGAAUAUUGAAUUUACUAUUGGUAAACUGGCAAGUUAUUUCAGUUGCACUAACAGCAUUUGAACUUCCAAAAAUGCCGUUUUUGAGUCCAUCCUGUUCAGGGAGAGCAAUCUCUCCCUGUCACUAGCUGUCACCCAGGUGGUGAGACCCUCUGCCACCUUUUUCUGCUUUGCCCCGUCCCCUCACCUCAGGCAAAGAGUCUCUGGUGCUGCCAUAAGAAGUUGUGAUGCUCCUUUUCUGUUCAUGGCGUGAGGAGGUCAGCCUGUGGUCUGUCCGCCUGCUGCACGCAGUUGUAGUUGCUGAAUUGGGUUACUUCUGGUUGGGAUGGCAGGCUCCUGGGGUUUCCAGGGGAUAGCUGUGCAGGUUCUUGAACUGUUGCUUUUCACUUUGGGCUCUGUUUUGUUGGGACUAAAGUAAUUCAGGAUUUGCUGGGGGUACGUUUUUGUGCAGCCCGUUCGGUGUUUGGCUUGUUGCUGUUUCAAGAAUGCUGUGUCAUUCUGACUGGAACUGUUGUUCCCCCAGACCACAUCCAAAGAGGAUCUCCUACAAGUUUCAUUUUAACCAUUAAAACCUGACAAUAUCGGUCAGAAUUUUAGGAAGCAGAGCACAUCUAAAUGUGACUUCCAGAAUCCCCACUGUGCCCAGUAACUGGGAAGGGGAGAAAUGACAUGGAGCUCACCUGUGUAGACAGGCUGUUUUUGAGUCUUUUUCUAGUCAAUCUUCGAAAGUCCAUGUUACUAAAAAUACAUUUUAAAAUCCUUAACUUCAUGAAAGUCGGGGGUGAUGAAACUUUUUUCUAAAUCAGGCCUUAACUCUUGACAACAUCUAAGAUCUCUGCUUGCUUUCCUUCUUUGUGUUUUCAAGUCAUAAUCUUAUUCGGUGGCGUUGCUGUUAACAGAUACUCUUCUUGAUGUAGACAAAAUGUGAAAUAACAGAACAAGAAGAAUCUACGUAGAUCUAAUGUUUGAUCUAUAAGCAUACCAGAAGGAAACUUAAAUGGGAAGUUUUUUUUUGAAAUGUGUCACAACUGAAGCACCUAAAACUCUUCUCUCAAAGAGAAGAAACACAUGUAUUGUUAGUAUAUGUGAGUUAAUUGUAUGUUCUCUAAAUAUGCCAGUAAUUCACUAACACUGAAAAGAACUUCAUAAAUUCUUAAAAUCUGUUUUGUAAUUCACAGUGCAACAGUAUCCUUGACUUCACAUUUACAGAAGCCUGUGAACUUUUGAAGAUAGUUUUGUCUCGGCAACAGAAAACCUGAGGAUGCUUGCUAGUUCUGUGUUAAUUACUGUAUUUUUCUAAGUAACUUUUUCAGUUUCAUUUAUUGCUGGUAGAUUGGGUUUUUUUUUGUUAACAUACAUAGCAUUACAUGUUUUGACAAGUCUAGAAGGUGACUCCAGACAGUCAAAGGGAUAGUGUCAGAAAUAUCCUGCAAAUGUUGGCAAUCCUGACAUACCCAAUUCCAGACUAUUUAAAAGCUGUGUCUGUAGGAAGGCCUCACGUAAACUUAGAGAUUAGGAAAUCCCAGUUCUUAAAGGCUGUAGGUAUCUGGCAAUUCAUUUGUACCUACCACUUUGGGAUAUUGCUUCUGAAUUGCUUCUGUAUGUUUGUUGUACGUGAACCUCAAGCGUUGCUGCUGCUUCUGCCCCCCCCCUUCCUUUCCAUUAAGCUGGGGUAGUCUGCACCACUGGAUGAAGCUCCUUCUACGAACAGUGUUUUGUUUUGCAUUCUUCAGAUACUCUGUGCUUCCAUAGGUACCAGCUAUUGAAGUAUGAGGGCACUGGCUUUGAUUUUAAUAUAUUUCUUUUCCCACAGAAUCUAUAAAGAGACAUUCCCUAGUUAGAAAUGUUCUUCCAUUAUGAAAAUUAUUUAUUCAUUUAUACUUGAUCUGUUUUUUACCACUGGAUUCCAUUAAAACAAUUCUGACAUUAGGGUGGGUCCUUUAACAUAUUGCCAAGAGCUCAUGUAAGUCUGAAGUAGGAGCAAGGUGAAAAUGGUUUAGCCAUUGCAUAUGUAUGUGCUUGUAACUCUCAGUAGCAUAAGGCAACCGGCUUACUCCUCAGUGAGAGAGUAACGUGCUUGUACAGCCAGUGUGAGCUGGUGGUGAUGCCAGUUACUCUGGAGUAGCUGAUGUUCUGUGGACCUGCCCUUUGGUUAUCUUCCUUGUAACUUGUAGAGCAAGGCCACAGCUGCUGAUUUGUCUUGCUGUCGUACUCUGUUGGAGAUUGAGAUGCGUCAUCCCGGUGUGUAACUCUCAUGUUUUGGUCAGUCAGACUUUGCAGGGUGCCAAGGUAAGGGCCCUGGUGUGUUUUCUGUACCUUUGUAUUUCAUGUGUAUGGGCAUGUUCUGCGCCUUCUCUCUCUAUGUAGAACAAUCAUUCAGAAGGGUGGCACGGUGGUGGUACUGAAUUGUGAAUAUGAUGGAUGUGUUCAAAUGCUGAAGGAGAAAAUUAGCUGGUGCAUGACCUGUCUUUCCCCCCUAGCUACAAGUUUUCCUAGUUUGGGCCAAAAUACUUCAGAUUCACACAAUCUGUGCAAGUAGCUUUCUCCUCCCUGGCUUUAUAUGACAAAACAAAGUUGAGCUACUUCUCAUUUUUUAAAGAUAGGUUUCCAAGUAUUUUUGUGUUAUGUGGCUUGACUUCUAUUCCUUUAAAAACAAAUGGAUAGAAAAUGAAGGUAUGUUUGGGUCAUGGAUUUGAAACCUUAAAAGUGUAUGAAACAUGUGCUGUGUACGCACCCCCCCCACCCCCACCCUAGAUUUCCUUUGCUUUCCUGUAGGGUUACGACCCGAGCCCUGCAUUACCUCAAUCGAAAUGCACAUUGUUCGUGUCCUCACGAAGCUCUGUCUCUGAAACCCCCGCUGAGGAGACUACGAACGUUCUCGGGGUGCUGCUGACCAUCUCGUCACGUGGGAUGGGCUUCACAUGGACUUGGGUGAUGUAGCCAUAAAAACCCAGUUCUGAACUGGUGUUUCUAUGGAUUUUGCUAUUGCUGGCACUGUUAAUGACAGCAGCAGGUAGCUUGUGUCAUGCACUUUCACAUUUCUCACUACCGGUUAAGAUUCCAGUUUACAAAACAAAACAAAAAAAUUAUGCACAAUCUUAACUGCAUGAGAGGCUGAGAGAUGCUAAAUGGAAUCUGCGCUCCCCUCUUGGUCCUAUUUGCACUUCAGGCUUUGUAAACUCUGCAUUCUUGAGCAACUGAUGUUCCUUUCACAUGGGUGUGUCUUUGACCAAGGUAAAACAUAGCUGAAAAAUUACGCUUUUAGCGUUACUUAAUCAGAGCAAUUCUCUGUAUCUGUACCUUCUCCCCACCAAAUCCUUCCUGGCUUAUUUUAGGUCACCCGAAAAUAUGUUUUAUAAUGUUCUCCAUUGUGGAUACUUUGCUGUGUUACAAACAAAUGAAAGUAUUGCCACCUUAGGUUGAAUUUUUUGUGAAAAGCAGUGGUAACGUGGCUUUUUUUCUCCUUUGUUUGAACUGUUACACUGAAUGUUUUGUAGGAUUUUUUUUUUUUUUUUUUACUGUGUUUUCAAUAAAGUUGAAGUCUGAUUCAUA